GAACAAGUUUGCGAAGAUGCUUCCUCGGCCAAUCUCGUAACCUCCCUGCUGGCGUCGGCAAUUGAGGAACUGCGCGUCAUUGGCGAGUACAUCUUCAGUGCAUCCGAAAAUGACUCCGAGGAGGGGCCAGCGGACGGUGGUGGUGGUGGUGGCCGAUUCGAGUCUGCAGUAAACAACUCCCUUGACCUCACUCAACCCACGAACGAUGCGUUACUGUCGUUGGGACUGCCGCGAAUCAUUACUCUCAAGGGUAAGCAUCCUGCCAGCCCGUCUAUGUCUAUUUCUAAAUUCCCCUCUUUUCACAGGACAGCUCAUUGA